GCCUGACACCGCCGCAGCCGUGGUGGUUCACGCAGCAUUUAACACCGCGGGCUCCCGAAAGAAACCCGAGACGGUUCUCCUGGGUAAAAUCGGGGUGUUGGCAGGGCUGGUUUCUCCUGGACGUUCUGGGCUUCGGUGGUGACACCUCUUGUGAGUGAGGUGUUGCGUCUCCCUUUAUCAGGGGCCCUGUGACUACAUUUAGGGCCCACUCCCAUAACGGAGGAGAAUCUCCCCAUUUUAAUGUAAUUAACUUAUCCUAUCUGCCAUGUUUCUUGUCAUAUCAGGUACUUAAGUCGCAGGCUCCCGUGCAGCUGUGAUGUCUACAGCACGUGGACGCCUUUGGGAGCCACCAUUCAGUCUCCCGCACUGAUGUUUGAUGUCUCUGAGUGAGAAGCAUGCAAAUUGGCAGCUUGUCUGCUCACCAGUGUGUGGGAGGCAGAGGCAGGCGUGGCAGGAGAGGCCGAGAAGCUGUUAAUGUGGGCAAAGUGGUGGCUGCCGUGGAUGUGCAGGGGGGACAGAGCUCUUCGAGGUGCAUGGCUCAGGGAGGCGGAAUGAAGACAAACUCCCACCCGCAGGUGUCAGGGAAGGCGUCCUUUGCUGGGAUCGGCCUCCGCCACAGCUCCAAGCGGGACCGGAAGUCCAUCACCCUGCAUGUGAAGUUGGAGGUGCUUCGGAGGUUUGAGGCAGGUGAGAAGCUGACGCAGAUUGCCCGGGCCCUGGGGCUGGCCACGUCCACCGUUGCCUCCAUCCGUGUCAACAAGGACAAGAUCCGGGCCAAUUCUCAGGCUGCCACGCCCGUCAGUGCCACACAGCUGACCCGCUGCCGGGGGGUGGUGAUGGGCCACAUGGAACGCCUGCUGAGCCUGUGGAUAGAGGAGCAGAAGCAGCAGAACCUGCCCGUCAGCACGCUGCUCAUCCAGGACAAGGCGCGCCGGCUCUUUGCGCAGCUGCAGCGUGAGCAGGGGGGUGGCACCCAGGCCGAGACCUUCGGGGCCAGCAAUGGCUGGUUUGCCCGCUUCAAGGCUCGCCACAACGUACUGCUGACGGAUGAGCCAGCUGUGGCUGACAUCCAGGCCGCGGCCCGAUAUCCUCCUGUGCUGCGCGCCAUUCUGGAGGAGGGUGGCUACUCGCCUCGCCAAGUCUUCAAUGCAGAUGAGACGGGGCUGUUCUGGAAGCGGCUUCCUGAGCGCAUGCUACUGGCACUGGAGGGGGCAAAAGGGGCUGGGCCCAAAGCGUCCAAGGACCACCUGACACUCCUGCUUGGGGGCAAUGCUGCUGGCGACUUCAAGCUGAAGCCUCUGCUGGUGUACCCUUCGGAGAACCCGCGCGCCCUCAAGGGCUACUCCAAGGCCAGCCUGCCCGUGGUCUGGCGCUCCAACCGCAAUGAUUGGCUGACACCUAGCAUCUUCCAGGAGUGGUUCACUGGCUGCUUCUGCCCUGCUGUGGAGAGCUACUGUGCUAGCCACGGCCUCCCGCACCGGGCCCUGCUGCUCCUGGACAGCGCUCCGUGCCACCCUACUCACCUGAGUGGCCUCUCUGCCCACGUGCGCGUCGAGUUCCUGCCCAAGAACACCUCGGCUCUCAUACAGCCUAUGAACCAGGGAAUCAUUGCUGCCUUCAAGGCCCAUUACCUGCGCCGCACCCUUUGUCAGUUAGUCCAGGAGACGACUGGUGCAGACCGGCCUUCUGUGCGGGAGUUCUGGCGCAGUUACACCGUCAUGGCUGCUGUAGACAACAUUGCUGGGGCCUGGGCGGAGCUGCAGCCCGUCACCAUGAACAGUGCCUGGAGGAAGCUGUGGCCGGAGUGUGUGCCCACGGGGGCCCCCGAGCCUGACGCCGUGCCCCAGCUCCGGCGAAGUAUCGUGGCGCUGGCCAGUCACGCGGGCCUAGGGGAGGUGGCUGAGGCUGAUGUUGCCCACCUGCUUCAGGCCCAUGGGGAUCCCCUGCCUGAUGGCACCCCCCAGGAUUCAGAGCAGCGGGACGCCUGUGGCUCUGGGCAGCCCCGGGAAGCAGGAAAAGUCCUGACUUCCAGAAAGCCAGAACCAGAUUUCGCAGAGGCAAGCGUGGGGACAGAGGGAACUGGGGCGGGGGCCCUGAGCCCUGAGCACCUGGCCGAGGCCCUGUCCCACUUUGCCACUGGCCUUCAGAUCUUCACAGAGAAUGACCCCAACCGGGAGCGCAGCCUGCGGGUGUGCCGGGGUGUCAGCGGUGUCAUCGCCCACCUCCGGGAGUUGCACCGGGAGAGGAGGCGGCGGUCACGGGUGACUGUACCUUCGGGAGACUUCGUGAUGGUGGCAGCGAGGGAGUCGGCCGGAAGCCCGCACUUGCUCCAGGAGGGCCCCACAGAGGGUAGACGAGUGGGUAAGGGCACGGGCCCCGAGGGACACACUUCUGUGGCUGUCCUGCAUGAUGUGGGGCGCACACCAGAUCUCAGAUGAGCCUGCGGCCUGUUUUGUUUCUGGAGGACGGACACUCCACUUCUCCCCGAGUUCCCAUCUCACGCCUCGCGGUCUUUGUAUAGUGAUGCACACGGUACCAGGCUUGGGGAACAGGAGGUAGUGUCCCCAGCAGGCAGAUAAGGUGUGGGAACCCAGGAGUGUCCACCCACCUGCGGCACAGAAGUUGCUGAGUAGCUUACCAGAUGGGCUUCCAGGUGGCGGGAGGCCAGGACUCAGACCAGCUUCUGUUGGCCAACUGACCUGUCGCUGCUUGGAACCAUCCUUUUCUCAGGGCUCAGUGGCCUCCUGAGGGUUGGUUUCUCCGCACAUCUGCUGUACCCCAUCUUCUCCCAGAGGCUAGACACUGUGGUUAUUUCCCUCAUUCUAGCUGUUCCUCUGUCGCUCAAACUAACAUCUGGCACCCUGGGGUGUCCACCUGAUUGCACUACGUGGGUCCCUCCUAUGGAAAGGGAAGGUGUUAACACUGCUCCCAACGGCUUCCUAAACACCUUUCAACCAACAUACAUGCCUGGGUGUCACUGUGCAUACGUGCGCACACACGCACAUACCAAGAAAUAAAAGAUGGGUGAAAGGACUCGCGCCCCGUGUCCUGGCUACACCAGUGACUGUCCUGCUGGCCGAACAUCACCGGCUGGGGGCUAGGUGGGGGCUGGAGGGACAAAGGCCAGUCCCGGGGCAGCGGUCAGCGGGAUGGCCCAGGGAAGGGGCAUUGCCCAGGACACAGACUCGGUACUUUUCGUGUGCUCAGCGUGGGGUGCCCGCACCCGUCGGGGGAUGCCGGCGAGGGGGCCGGUGCGCGCAGGGACUGCUCGUGUCCGGAGGCGUUGUCCUGGCGCACGACUAAGAAACAGGCACGCCGGGGAUGCCGGGUCUCAGUGGGUC